AUGCCUGAAGGCCGGCACAUAAACGAGACAAGACGAAUAACGGAGGAACACUUACCGGUCGCAUCCCCGCAAGACAAGCAGACCAACACAGAAGAGGACCUCAAGGCCCGGAGGCAGGAUGAAGACAGCAGACUCGAGCCUGGUGAGGGAUUCGCAGCGCAGGAUCGGGGCAAGAGAGAGACAAAUUGCACGCAUCGAGCGGGGGUGGUAGCUGUGACUGGUGCCGUUCACGGAGCACACAAAAGCAUCUCAGAUGGCAGGGAGGCGAGUCAGCGCGACCAGAGAACGAAAGCAGACGGGCGGCGGCCACGCAGAAGGGCGAAGGGGGCGAGGCCGGGAAAGGAACGGACCGCAGACUGGCUGCGAGGAAGGAAAGAGGAGCAGCGCGCCUGCACUGGGGAAGGGGAUAGGAAGGAGAGAGAGAGAUUGCCGUCUAUAGUGAAGAGCGAUCCCCCAUUGCCCAUUGCCGUGUGUUUGUCCCCGCCUAUCAGUUCAGGGGGAAGAAAGGCUGCGCUUACAGGCCACAGCUGCGCUGCAAGGCCGUUGCCUGCACGCCGACUGAGCAUUGCUUGGUGGCGAUGGGGUGCAUUCAGAUGUGGUGCAAGAAUCGUGCAUGCAAGUCAGAGACUGAAGAAGGCGGCUGGGUAA